AGCACACAGUAGGUGUCUCAUUAAUGUCCCCACACCUCUUUGAGUAACCUCCAUACCUGGCUUGGUAAGGGCGGGAGCAGGCAGUCCUUAUUCUUAAGUGGGGACCAUUGACACACAGCUCUCUUUCGCAUUAACAACCAACGCUUGCCCACUGGCUGCUCCCAAGGAUUUGAUCAGAAAACGUGGGGUAAAACAAGCGAAAAGUAGAAUGGCACGGACGAAAGCUUCAACUAAACCCUUGCUCUUCUCUGAGGCUUUUUUUUCCAAUCCUGAUUUAGCAACAACCACACUUGUAAGACACCCCCACACCCUCCCGUGCUCUGCAGGCCACCGCUGUCCCCCGGCCCCCCGCCUAGGCCAGCAGCUGGUUUUUCCGAAUCGGUCAUACGUCUUGGUAACAACAGGGCCUUCACAGCUGUUGCUGGGAACACUAGCGGGUGGGAUAGCGCCCAGCACUAAUUUACUGGUCCUACUGGUGCUUGAGAAACGAUCACAUUGAUAUGCUGCUAGUGAAACGGAAAGGUGCACAGGGAAAGGAGAAGAGGGCGGAGCGGGGAGGGAGGGAAGGAGAAUUACUCCUGUUGCUGUUGUUCCUCGCAUAAGUUUUAUAAUCACACAGUCCUGUGUUGUGAGAAAAGUCUACUCAAAUCUCCAGGAGGAUGGGAACGUUUUCAGUUUCGUUCAUUCUCCUGUAAGAUGAGGUUUCUGCGGCCAGUCUGACUGCUCUGUCCUGGGCAGGGCUCCCCUGAUGUCACAGCUGGUAGCUGCCUGCGCGGUGGUCCGGCAGGGCCUCCCCAGCCAGGCUGGUCCGUCACGUCGCCAGCCCCAAGUUCAGCAAAAGGCAUCCCAAACUCCCAACCUUCUAUAGUUGGAAGAAUGGCUAUAAUCCUGCUCAUUUCUAUAUAUACCUUUCCCCUGGCAGCGACGCCAAAAAAAUGGGAGGCAGGAGCUGCUUCUCAGCCGGUGGUGUGGUCAUUCUCUUUCCAAAUAUAGAGAAGGAAUGAGCCAGGGGGGUCAGUGGGGCCUAUAAAAGCGCAGCCAGCAGCAGCCCCUCGUAGCUGCUCUCGUGGGCGGAGGUAAGUCACAGCCCUCUGGCAUGGCUCUCGCCUCGGUGUGGCCGGGCCUUGCCUGGCUUUGCUAAGGAACUGUUAGAUGUGAAGGACAGGUCCUCCUCCCACCUCCCCUCCCCAUCACGGGCAGGAUCCCUGGACUCUCCAUGACCUCGGCCUGUCCAGCGGGGUGACGCUCUCCCUUUGCCUCUCUGAGUGGUGCAGGGACCACGGGAUGCGGUGCCUUCCUGGACUCUCUCCUUCCCCACCUACAUGUGUGCCUGUCACAUGUCCUGUCCUCCCAAGACCAACCACACUGUCCGGGUGUCAGUCUGCCGGUCUUAGAGAUUUCUCCCUGCCCCAGGCCUAGAACCACAAGCUUUUAGACAGAGAUGCUGUUUUACUGUCCACUUCUAAUGGGAGGCAUUGCAGACUGAACAACGGCCCAGAGUGGGCUGGUAAGGGCCAGGUUGGGGGUAGUGGGGCUUUUACUACCUUAAUGGCUUACGUGUGGGUCCUGUCCCAUCUGCUCCUCCAGCUUGUCUCCGGGGUAAGUUAUUAGUCCUUUCUCCUUAUUUACCUAAUUUAUCAAGAGCUGAAUUGAAGCUGGACCGGACGCUGCCAGGUGCCCUGAGCUUUCCUCUCACGUUCUUUGCAGGUCUGAUUUCCCGGGCUGCUGCGGCCUCAUUGUCUGUCCUGUGUCUGUGACUCUCGGGUGAGAAUUCUGGCCACGUCCCUGGCUGGCGGGAACCUGGGAGCUCAGACCAGGACAGGGAGGCUGGGAGGAACGGAGGGGCAGCACUUAGGAGGCCUCCCGAAGGAUGAGAGGUCAGACGGGGCUGCUGUUCUCAGCAACUGGAGGAAGCCCCGCGGCUUUCCUUGAGGGAGAGGGGGUGGCCACCUUCGUUCAAAAUGGUCCCAAAGUUCCUCAGCUAUUUGUGACUGAGCAGGAUCCCUUUGAAGAACGGCCUUUGUGUUUUAUGGUGUUUAUUCUAAAGCUUCCCUGGGCAACACCUGGGUUUUAAAGGAAGUGAGGUCCCGAGGGGCUGGGCUCACCUCUAGUUCCCUCAGCCAGCCGAGCCUCAGAUGACGAGGAGACGGGUUACAAGCUCCGCUGAUUUUCCCAGCACUUAGGUCUGUGGGUGGGGCUCCUGGGACCGAGCACAGCCUGUCCGGAGCCAUCGUAGAGCAGAGGCGGGCAGGCCGGGGGCCUGCUGGGAGGCAGCGGCUCACGGUGGCUUGCCUUGCAGCUGGCGCCAUGAGCAGCGACACUGAAAUGGAAGUGUUCGGCAUGGCCGCUCCCUUCCUCCGCAAGUCAGAAAAGGAGAGGAUCGAGGCGCAGAACCAGCCCUUUGAUGCCAAAACCUACUGCUUUGUGGUCGACUCGAAGGAAGAGUACGCCAAGGGGAAAAUUAAGAGUACCCAGGAUGGGAAGGUCACGGUGGAAACCGAAGACAACCGUACCCUGGUGGUCAAGCCGGAGGACGUGUACGCCAUGAACCCGCCCAAGUUCGACCGGAUCGAGGACAUGGCCAUGCUGACGCACCUGAACGAGCCGGCCGUGCUGUACAACCUCAAGGACCGCUACACGUCCUGGAUGAUCUACACCUACUCGGGCCUCUUCUGUGUCACCGUCAACCCCUACAAGUGGCUGCCGGUGUAUAAUGCAGAGGUGGUGUCUGCCUACCGAGGCAAAAAGCGCCAGGAGGCCCCGCCCCACAUCUUCUCCAUCUCUGACAACGCCUAUCAGUUCAUGCUGACUGAUCGUGAAAACCAGUCCAUCCUGAUCACCGGAGAAUCCGGGGCAGGGAAGACUGUGAACACCAAGAGGGUCAUCCAGUACUUUGCAACAAUUGCAGCGACUGGGGACCUGGCCAAGAAGAAAGACUCCAAAAUGAAGGGAACUCUGGAAGACCAAAUCAUCAGUGCCAACCCGCUGCUGGAGGCUUUCGGGAACGCCAAGACCGUGAGGAACGACAACUCCUCCCGCUUUGGCAAGUUCAUCCGAAUCCAUUUCGGCACCACGGGGAAGCUGGCCUCUGCAGAUAUUGAAACUUAUCUGCUGGAGAAAUCAAGAGUGACUUUCCAGCUGAAGGCUGAGAGAAGCUACCACAUCUUCUACCAGAUUCUUUCCAACAAGAAGCCGGAGCUCAUAGAGCUGCUGCUGAUUACGACCAACCCUUACGACUACCCGUUCAUCAGCCAGGGCGAGAUCCUGGUGGCCAGCAUUGACGAUGCGGAGGAGCUGCUGGCCACGGAUGUAAGUAGAACAGAGAGAGGUGCGGGUGCUGGUCCUGGCCCCUGGGCUCAGCCGGCUGACGUGCCCUUCUUUCCAUGGCAGAGUGCCAUUGACAUCCUGGGCUUCACUGCAGAGGAGAAGUCCGGGAUCUACAAGCUCACGGGCGCCGUGAUGCACUAUGGGAACAUGAAGUUCAAGCAGAAGCAGCGGGAGGAGCAGGCGGAGCCCGACGGCACCGAAGUGGCUGACAAGACAGCCUACCUGAUGGGCCUGAACUCCUCAGACCUCCUGAAAGCCCUGUGCUUCCCCCGGGUGAAAGUCGGGAAUGAGUACGUGACCAAAGGUCAAACGGUGGACCAGGUCCACCAUGCUGUGAACGCCCUCUCCAAGUCAGUUUACGAAAAGCUGUUUCUGUGGAUGGUCACGCGCAUCAACCAGCAGCUGGACACGAAGCUGCCCAGACAGCACUUCAUUGGGGUUUUGGACAUCGCUGGCUUCGAGAUCUUCGAGUACAACAGCCUGGAGCAGCUGUGCAUCAACUUCACCAACGAGAAACUGCAACAGUUUUUCAACCACCACAUGUUCGUGCUGGAGCAGGAGGAGUACAAGAAGGAAGGCAUCGAGUGGACGUUCAUCGACUUCGGGAUGGACCUGGCUGCCUGCAUCGAGCUCAUCGAGAAGCCCAUGGGCAUCUUCUCCAUCCUGGAGGAGGAGUGCAUGUUCCCCAAGGCCACAGACACCUCCUUCAAGAACAAGCUGCAUGACCAGCACCUGGGCAAGUCCAGCAAUUUCCAGAAGCCCAAGGUCGUCAAAGGCAAGGCCGAGGCCCACUUCUCGCUGGUGCACUACGCGGGCACCGUGGACUACAGCGUCUCGGGCUGGCUGGAGAAGAACAAGGACCCCCUGAACGAGACCGUGGUCGGGCUGUACCAGAAGUCCUCCAACAGGCUCCUGGCUCACCUCUACGCCACCUUUGCUACCACGGACGCUGACAGCGGGAAGAAGAAAGUUGCCAAGAAGAAGGGCUCGUCCUUCCAAACUGUCUCUGCCCUUUUCAGGGAAAACCUGAACAAGCUAAUGUCCAAUUUAAGAACUACGCACCCUCACUUUGUGCGCUGUAUAAUUCCCAACGAAACCAAAACCCCAGGGGCCAUGGAGCACAGCCUGGUCCUGCACCAGCUGCGCUGUAACGGGGUUCUGGAGGGCAUCCGCAUCUGCCGGAAGGGCUUCCCCAACCGCAUUCUCUACGGGGAUUUUAAACAGAGAUACCGCGUGCUGAAUGCCAGUGCGAUCCCAGAGGGACAGUUCAUCGACAGCAAGAAGGCUUGUGAGAAGCUGCUGGCCUCCAUCGACAUUGACCACACGCAGUACAAAUUCGGACACACCAAGGUGUUCUUCAAAGCCGGCUUGCUGGGAACCCUGGAAGAAAUGCGCGAUGACCGCCUGGCCAAACUGAUCACUCGGACGCAGGCUGUGUGCAGAGGGUUUCUCAUGCGCGUGGAAUUCCAGAAGAUGGUGCAGAGAAGGGAGUCCAUCUUCUGCAUCCAGUACAAUGUCCGCGCCUUCAUGAACGUCAAGCACUGGCCCUGGAUGAAGCUCUUCUUCAAGAUCAAGCCCCUCCUCAAGAGCGCGGAGACCGAGAAGGAGAUGGCCACCAUGAAGGAGGAGUUCCAGAAGACCAAGGAGGAGCUGGCCAGGUCGGAGGCGAAGAGGAAGGAGCUGGAGGAGAAGCUGGUGACUCUCGUCCAAGAGAAGAAUGACCUGCUGCUCCAAGUGCAGGCUGAAUGUGAAAACUUGCUGGAUGCCGAGGAAAGGUGUGAUCAGCUGAUCAAAGCCAAAUUCCAGCUGGAGGCUAAAAUCAAGGAGGUGACCGAGAGAGCCGAGGAUGAGGAGGAGAUCAAUGCUGAGCUGACGGCCAAGAAGAGGAAACUGGAGGACGAAUGUUCAGAACUGAAGAAAGACAUCGAUGACCUUGAGCUGACACUGGCCAAGGUUGAAAAGGAGAAGCAUGCCACAGAGAACAAGGUUAAAAACCUGACUGAGGAGCUGGCUGGGUUGGAUGAAACCAUCGCAAAGUUAACCAGGGAGAAGAAGGCCCUCCAGGAGGCCCACCAGCAGACCCUGGACGACCUCCAAGCUGAAGAAGACAAAGUCAAUUCUUUGAGUAAAACCAAGAGCAAACUGGAACAGCAAGUCGAUGAUCUGGAAAACUCCCUAGAGCAAGAAAAAAAGCUCCGGGUAGACCUGGAACGGAACAAAAGGAAGCUGGAGGGAGACUUGAAGCUUGCCCACGAGUCCAUAUCGGAUCUGGAGAAUGACAAGCAACAGCUGGAUGAAAGGCUCAAGAAGAAGGAUUUUGAAUAUAGUCAACUGCAGAGCAAAGUGGAAGAUGAGCAGACCCUGGGCCUCCAGUUUCAGAAGAAAAUCAAAGAGCUCCAGGCUCGCAUCGAGGAGCUGGAAGAAGAGAUUGAGGCAGAGAGGGCGACUCGUGCAAAGGCAGAGAAGCAGCGCUGUGACUACGCCCGGGAACUGGAGGAGCUGAGUGAGCGGCUGGAGGAGGCGGGAGGCGUCACCUCCACCCAGAUCGAGCUGAACAAGAAGCGGGAGGCCGAGUUCCUGAAACUGCGCCGGGACCUGGAGGAGGCCACCCUGCAGCACGAAGCCACGGCGGCCGCUCUGAGGAAGAAGCACGCAGACAGCGUGGCCGAGCUCGCCGAGCAGAUAGACAACCUGCAGAGGGUCAAGCAGAAGCUGGAGAAGGAGAAGAGCGAGUUCAAACUGGAGAUCGACGACCUCGCCAGCAACGUGGAGAGUGUGUCGAAAUCCAAGGCAAAUCUGGAGAAAAUAUGCCGCACUCUGGAGGAUCAGCUAAGUGAGGCCAGGGGCAAGAACGAGGAGGCUCUGAGGAGCAUGAGCGAGCUGACGGCACAGAAGUCUCGUCUUCAGACAGAGGCUGGGGAGCUGAGUCGUCAACUGGAAGAAAAGGAAAGUAUAGUAUCCCAGCUCUCUAGGAGCAAGCAAGCUUUCACCCAGCAAACCGAGGAGCUCAAGAGGCAGCUGGAGGAAGAGAACAAGGCCAAGAACGCCCUGGCCCACGCCCUGCAGUCCUCCCGCCACGACUGUGACCUGCUGCGGGAACAGUAUGAGGAGGAGCAGGAAGCCAAGGCCGAGCUGCAGAGGGCGCUGUCCAAGGCCAACAGCGAGGUUGCCCAGUGGAGGACCAAGUACGAGACGGACGCCAUCCAGCGCACGGAGGAGCUGGAGGAGGCCAAGAAAAAGCUCGCUCAGCGCCUUCAGGAUUCCGAGGAACAGGUUGAGGCAGUGAAUGCGAAGUGUGCUUCCUUGGAGAAGACCAAGCAGAGGCUGCAAGGGGAGGUCGAGGAUCUGAUGGUGGACGUGGAAAGAGCCAACUCCAUGGCCGCAGCUCUGGACAAGAAGCAGAGGAACUUUGACAAGGUGCUGGCUGAAUGGAAAACGAAGUCCCAGGAGAGCCAGGCGGAGCUGGAGGCGGCCCUGAAGGAAUCCCGCACCCUGAGCACCGAACUCUUCAAACUGAAAAACGCCUACGAAGAAGCCUUAGAUCAGCUUGAAACUGUGAAACGAGAAAACAAGAACUUGGAGCAGGAGAUAGCGGACCUCACAGAGCAAAUUGCUGAGAAUGGCAAAACCAUCCAUGAACAGGAGAAAUCGAGAAAGCAGAUCGAGCUGGAGAAGGCAGACAUCCAGCUGGCUCUGGAGGAAGCGGAGGUGAGCGGACGCUGGGGUGGCACAGGCGCCAUGAGGCCAUGGUGGGUGCCACCCUGGCAGGCUAGCUGGUCCCACCGUCUUCAUUUUUGCCUCUGUAGAACCCACAGUCUGAAAUCUGCACCCGUCCUAUCAAACAGUGUAACUGCGAGAUUGAAUGGGAUAAUACUAACCCACAGUCUGAAAUCUGCACCCGUCCUAUCAAACAGUGCUGCCCUUGAGCACGAAGAGGCCAAGAUCCUCCGUUCCACGAGACCUUCCCUUUUCUCUGGCCAGGACACCCAGCUACACCUGGAUGACGCCCUCCGGGGCCAGGAGGACCUGAAGGAGCAGCUGGCGAUCGUGGAGCGCAGAGCCAACCUGCUGCAGGCCGAGGUGGAGGAGCUGCGGGCGUCGCUGGAGCAGACGGAGAGGGCGCGGAAGCUGGCGGAACAAGAGCUCCUGGACUCCAACGAGAGGGUGCAGCUGCUGCACGCCCAGAACACCAGCCUCAUCCACACCAAGAAGAAGCUGGAGACAGACCUCAUGCAGCUCCAGAGCGAGGUUGAAGAUGCCAGCAGGGACGCAAGGAAUGCGGAAGAGAAAGCAAAGAAGGCCAUCACAGAUGCAGCCAUGAUGGCCGAGGAGCUGAAGAAGGAGCAGGACACCAGCGCCCACCUGGAGCGGAUGAAGAAGAACCUGGAGCAGACGGUGAAGGACCUGCAGCACCGCCUGGAUGAGGCUGAGCAGCUGGCCCUGAAGGGCGGGAAGAAGCAGAUCCAGAAGCUGGAGACGCGGAUCCGAGAGCUGGAGCUGGAGCUUGAAGGGGAGCAGAAGAAGAACGCCGAGUCCGUGAAGGGCCUGCGGAAAUAUGAGCGGCGGGUCAAGGAGCUAACUUACCAGAGUGAAGAGGACAGGAAGAAUGUGCUGCGACUGCAGGAUCUGGUGGACAAGCUGCAAGUGAAAGUCAAGACCUACAAGAGGCAGGCGGAGGAGGCGGAUGAACAAGCCAACGCGCAUCUCACCAAAUUCCGAAAGGCUCAGCAUGAGCUCGAGGAGGCUGAAGAGCGGGCCGAUAUUGCGGAGUCUCAAGUCAAUAAGCUUCGCGCUAAGACCCGAGACUUCGCCCCCGGCAGGGUAGGUGGCUCCCCCUGCCGCGGCGAGAGGGAGGGCAGCAGAUGCGUGCGGGACUCGCAGCCCCUGGUGACCUGGGAAGGACCCGCUGUGAUGUAGACAUUUUUGAACUGGAAGGGGCCUUAGGGAGCCCUCAGUGUUAGAGCUGUGGACCCUGGGUUCAGGAAGGGAAGGGGUUUGCCUAAGGUCGCAGAGCUGAGAACAGCCCCGCUAGAGCCCAGGUCUGAGUCGCACGGAAAGACACGCCAUUCUGGGAAGGAAGGAGAGGUUCCCCCUGAGACCUUUCAGUGCCCUCUGCUGGCACCGUCCUCAGUCGCGUU